GUACUGUCAAUCUUAUUAUGGAAAAAGGCGUGAUAAGUUAUAUAUAUAGAAUCUGAAAUUCUUGCAAAUGCUGAAAUUAGGAAUCAUAAUAUCGUUAGCGAACAUUUACUACCUUUUGGUUCACAUUGUUUACUCUUGGCAUGGUUUGCUACUUCGCAGGAUCUCAUCUACUGCCUUAAUUAAAUGAGACCCUAACGUCACUGUAAAAAGUCUGCAUCCAGGUUUCUAUUCUCAGAUAGGAUGUGAGAAAACCCCUUGUCUCAGUUUGGUUACCUGAUUAUCCAUGCGUCUCGUUAAUCUGGGUAGUAUUGGGCCAAGACCAGUAAAUUGUUAUCCCAUGAAAAAAAUAGCAUUUGAGUUCACAUUUUACUUCUCCCUCCCCCCACACGUUAGACACAACGUUUUGAUCUUUUAGAUGUCUGCUGACCGUCACGUCCUAAUAAUUUUUUCCCAUAUAUUUAGUGUAGAUUACAGAGUUAAAACCCUAGUCCCAAGAGGUCUGUGAAUUGGAAGCAAUGAAAAACAUCCUUUGAUGUUAUAUCUCUGUAGAUACUAAUGUGAGCUGGAUGUCAGCACACCGUGUGCUGAACGUAGUUAAACAAUUUACAGAGGAGGAUGCUUUUUUAGUGCCUAAAAUUUUUUCAAGCGGUAAAACUGCAACAUUUAAUUGAUAACAGUUAUUGCCUCCGUUGUUAAGCAAUAGCAGUAAGUCAGAUUUUCGACUGUAUCAGAUAAUUUUCUAAUCUUUGCUAUCACUUAUUCCUUACAAGUGGUGAAAGACUACUUUCAGACUAUUUAUACUCACUAUUACGCAUUGAAUUUUUGUCGUAUUAAAUCAAGAGCAAACUUUUCGUUUGUACAUUCACAUCAGAUAAGCCUGCCUCACGAUUAACUGGGAACUAGUUACUAACUCACUGUUGUUCACUACUUUGACGACAAUUGGGCAACCACAGGUUUUUGUGCACUGGAGUUAUUUGUGGUGUAAGCUAUUUAUGCACAUCAUUGUCUUUCGAUCAACAAUUCAGACGUCUAUGCGUUCUGUUUGAAAUUGCUGCAGCUUUUUUGUGCACGAUGAAAUCAUAAACAAAAAUUGCCUGUCAACUCUUCCAACUUUUCAGGUGACUGGGUUUAGCAGGCACGUGAGGUAUGCCUCCAUCGUUUUCAUUUAACUUGAUGGGAAAGUAAUCAGAGCGACUCCUUUUGACUGACGCCUGUUGUCGAGUUUUGGGUACAGCGUUUUGAAAUUUAAUCAGUAGUUGGUUGGGAUUAACAUAAUAGUGGGUUAUAUAGUAGAAUUUUACGUUGGGAUAUUAUCUUUGCUGUUUAAGAAUACCUCUAAAACAUUUAAUUCACAUCACAUUGGGGACUUUUUUCCACUGUAUAGCUCGUGUUGUGACCUUUUGUGAAUCACAUUGUACAAGUUACAUCUAAAUCAUCACUUUUUUAUUUUUUAUUGCUGAACCGCGUAUCUUAAUUGUGAUGCUCAUCUUAGUGUGCUGUACUUGUAUGCUUUUUGUAAAUACUUUUUGUUAGCAUGCACGUUUUUAAAUCUUCAGUGAGGUUAGUGUUGGAUUUUAGGAAAUCAUCUGAGUAAGCGGUUCAUCUCUUUUUUGAUAUGUAGUGGUUUUAUGUUCCAAAAAUCUGCUAUAUGCUUUAAGUCAUCAAGCAUGGUAGCUUUGUAAGUUUUAAUGUGUUUGAUCAAGUCCGAUUGCAGAUUAUCGUGCCUACCCACUGGACAUUUUAUCAUUGUGACCAGUUCUUAGUCUAUCAACUCAUCUUUAUUCUUCAACAGUCCAUGUUGUCUUACUAUUCCUUGAUUCGUGACAGGUCACAUGUUGGGUUACCCAAGGGUUUUGUUACGUUGCUAGGUUACAUAUUUUUAAUCAUCGAUGUCUUCGUAGCAAUACUUGUGUGUAGAGGAGUCAAUGCGAGUAAUAUCGAAGUUAGACAUAAGAUACCAAGCAAAGAAGGCAAGCCAGUCAAUGCGGUUGUGACCCUACACCCUAGAAUACACAGAUGGAUUUCUGACUUGUGUCAUUUAGAUACUUCACUUAUGUUGUAAGUAGUAUGCAUCGAUAAAAGUCAGUCAAGCAAUUUUCGUUAGUGCUGAGAUUUCGUCACCCACCAAAAUACUGAAGCUGAAACAAAUCCUUAAGUAAAUAAUAGUCAACACAAAUGCUGGACGUUUUUUAAAUCCGGGCGUUGACGUAGACCGGUCUUAGGACAUUUAAAUUGGGAAAGACGUGUGAAAGACUACUUACAGAACGUCUAAUGAGAUAUAUUUUCUAAUUCAAAACUGCAUACAAAACAGUUUAGAAUGUCAUGUUUCAAAUAUCGGUGACGGGCUUUAGCUGAAAUUUAGUCUUAUCGAAGUGGUGCGCUUGAUCCGUUUUAGGUUAGGUCUUACAAUUUUCAGUCGUGCUCUACCAUGGCGAAUUUCGUUUCAUGGUUUUGUGUCGUGUUUUUAAAAUGAGGAUGUUGUUGAAGUUCUUAACUGUUUAUAUGAGUGUAUGACGAUCCACUAACGCUACGCGAUUUAUAAAGCUAAGUGCCCACGGGAAAGAAGUUCGAAAUUGGUUCUUAUGCUGGUACGAUCACACCUACUAAGAGUGCGAUUGAUACCUGUCGAAUUCAAGUAUGUGUAUAGGAUUCGAAUGUUAACCAUACUCAGUGGUUUUCUAUCAUUUCCUUCUCUUUGAAGUUAUGCCUUACUGGGAAAUUUGUCAAGGUUAGCACUGUACAGACAGAUGCUUUGACGGACAUAUAUAUCUGCCAUGCGGUGAGACCAGAUACAACAAGUGUCGGUUGGAUAAUCACUUAACUAUUCAGUAUAACUAAGAAAUCGGCAAAGUGCAUACAUCUCCAACUUUCCAUACCUUUAAACAGUGAAGGAAUGGAUCUUUGAGGAGGUACGAAAGAGAAAUCUUAGAUAUCCCCAAUAAAGUUAUGCGACGUACAAAUAACUUGAGAUCGACACCACUUUCAUCAACUGAAUACUGGCAGCCAGUGAAUAGCUACAUGCAACUACUAAUCACUAAGUUAUCUCUCUAUCAGUGACAGCAGACUUGAUAGCUCAAACUGAUAUACGACUUCUGCGGGGGCUGUAACAUAAGCAGCUCAUAGUGUAUCACUAGUUCGUGAAUUCAUGUACUAUAGAUGUAAAUCGUGUGUAUGCUUGUCAGACUGGAGAUGCAGACGUUUUCGGUUUCCAUCUACGAGGUAGAUGAAAUUAUUGAUCGAUAACUAUGUGAUUAGAGUUUAGGGUAAUUAAUGCAAUUUGUGUACAUCUAAAUUUCAAACGUGAUUAAUCUCUUUAGCAUGCAUUUCGCCUUUCCUGACUAUUACCACUGAUAACAUUUUUAGCUUUCUUCAUGUUCAUUUCAUAUCGUUGCAAUAGUCUCAAUAGUAAUGAUAAUGGAACAUACUGACCCAGUAUAUUUUCAUUCUUGUGUCAAGUCAGAAUCAGUCAUCAUAAUGGUACAGAUGUACACACUUCAUCAUCAGAAUUUUAAACAUUUUCAAUAACCGUCUACUUAUUGUUCCUCCUCUCAUGUACAUCUACCUAAAUAUCACUAAUUUUCUAAACACUUGUUUGCAUGCUGCUAUGAAGUGUGGGGACGUAGGCUGGUGCAAUGCUGCCCUAGGUCUUACGUUGAUUUGUCUGUUUCUUGCACGCUUAGUGAUUCCAUUUAGUUGCCUCUACGAAAGUUGAGGCAUAGUUUUUAUUAUCCCAUUAAGUAGUAGUUCACCUUCAAAUACAUAAACUUAGUGAUGGCCUUAUAAUGUUUGCGGAGUAUAACAAGCUCGAUUGGUACACCAUUGUACAAGCUGAUUCAUCCUUUAUGUUACUGUAAAUUCUUCUGACUUAUUAACUCAUUAAAUUAAGCAGUUUCAAUAGAUGUCUACUCUUCGUCUACUGACGUUUGUUAUACUAGGUUGAAUAACAACCCCCACAAAAUAGAUCUGGUUUAGUGGUUUUGUACGCGAAUCUGCACAUGGUUUCUGAGUUACAUGAUUGAUUGUCUACCAUGUUUUAGUAAAUUAAGUUUACUGGCUAGAGUGCUAAAUUAUAUUUUUCGAGCUAUUUUUGUGGAAAUUUCUCUGGUAAAAUCUAUCACUUCCCUAAUCAUCCGGAUAUAUGGUGUCGUGUCUGAAGUUCGUUAUUUCUGAGGUACCAGUGCGAUAUGUGAAUUAUUGAUGGACUCACUAGUCACGUUGCAACAUUGUUUACUCCACAUUGGCAUAUACAACUUGAAUGAAUAUACAACCAAUUGUAUCACAGUGCCAAAAGUACCAGUAAAUUCAUAAAAUUGAAGCCCAUGCAACUACAUUGACUAAAUUAUCACGUUAUUUUUGUAUGGUGAUUACUUAGUAUCAACUGGCACUUUCGCACUCAUAUAACACUUUUAGGUGGAUCUGCUAAGAAAAUUCUUCACGUGUAACGGGUUUUUUGCUAUUUGGUCGAUGACUGACUGAAUUAGAGCCUAGUUUUCAAGUGUUAAGGAAACAGUCCUUUGCGCUAGUGCGUAAGACGAUCUGUUUCUUUUGCAGUAAUCACGAGAGAGAUUUUCUUAGAAUCGGACAGUCAGUAACCAAGACUCCUGCUUGCUCGAGGUCGUUGCGAGUGCUCUUAGCUUGGGUUUAAAGUACUUUACUUUAUCUUAGAGUUAUUUGAUAUGAGAUUUCGCUCAGUCGAUUCGAAAGGGAUUGCAGAGACCCACUUUUGUUUACUGGUAAGUGGUUGUAAGUUGACAACUGGUUUUGCCAACGUUUCUGCAGCAAACACAUGAAUGUGAGGAUCGUUAUAGUGCUACGGUAAAUGCAUGGCUAUUUCUUCUCGAAUGUUUUUACUUCCUAAACAGACCCGGAUAAAAUUUCAAGUUGUUUCUUUUAACAAAUUUUUGUGAUCAUAAUCAAAGUAGAUAGUCUCUAUAUAGCUAAAAUAUUUGAUCAAAUUUACCCAACGGUAGCUGACAAUACGUUUUAUGUGUUCAUCGUCUGAUCCGUUUUCGCGGUCUCUGUUUCAUAUCUUCCUUUCCCUUCCGUUUAUGUUCUUAAUAAGUAACAUGUGACGCGACGCAAAAUUGUAGAACAUGAUCGUGGAUACUAAUUCAACAGUUUUGUGUUCCAAAAAUACACCAAAGUACCUAUAUACUCGGAACAAUCUACCUCCAUGUCAAUGUAGGUCAUUUAAUAUGAUUGACUCUAAACGUUUGGGAUCUUAAAGUUAAACUGACUAUUUCCCGUAAAACUCAUCCUAACCACAGUAACCGAGUAAGAAGGUAAAGACUAAGAAUUAGUUGGCAAUAUGGAUCGCUAUAAGUCUCCAAAGAACCAGUCAGCCAAACAGUAUAAACAUAAGAAUUAGCCGAGAUCCGGUCAGGAAGUUGAGUGCUUAAGCCAAUGAGUAGUUGAAUUACCACUUCUGUCCUAUUAUUAAAUUCUAUCCUUACUUCAUACAAGUAGUAAAAGAUAGGGAAAAACUGUCAAUGUAAGGCAUACAAGUCGAAGUUUCAUUUACCAGAACAAGUUCUUUGUAUUUGUUGCUUAUUAAUAGUGCGCAGAGUUAAAAGCAUCGUUAGUAAUCAAGAGGGUUAAGUAUUAUUCUUGGAAUAAUCAAUUAUACUCCUGUUCUUAUUCCAUUUUGAUUGAUACUAUUCAACACCAUCUAGUUUUUAUCAAUGGUGAUUCUCUAGUUCAGUUGUGUCACUUAGCUUACAACUCAUUCGUUAAUGAACAGGCAAAAUUGUUUUCCUUCAGUUGAAAUGUAACACAUUUUAUUGGCUUUCUAUUCAUAACUCAAUUGUGUUUGUGAUUCAUGUAGUUGUCGUCUCUUAAAUAUCUAAUUAACCUUUUUGUGAUGUCAGGAAUGUUAUCUGUUGUGUUUGCUCAUUGUUCUAGCUGGUCGUUCAACUUUUUACUUGUGUUUAGAUCUAUAGCUAGCAUGUUGUAAUUUUGUAUCGAUCCUUGAGUAUUGUAGUGUUGUGCAAAAUUUACAUCAUAAUUGUUUUCUUAUAGCUAACAAUAAGAGAAUGUUUAGUCCUGCUCGUCCUGUCUUGCUAUAUAACUUGCUUAUUUCGAUAAACUUCAGGUAAUUUUUCGUUCAGUCGAAGGCAAUUGUUUUGUUAUGUCACUGCCUUAUUUUACAUUGUUAUUUUUAAUUUUUUCUUUCUCAUGUAUUUUGUCUGGGGGUGCUCUUUUUUUAUUGCUUUCUUGCGCUUAUUUCAGUUCGGCGGACUGAGGCACAUUCGAGUCGAUUCAUCCUACGCCUCUACUGGUUAAUGAUCCAUCAAGAAUCUAGCCAAGCAAACAAUGGAAUCAUUUCCAACAGUACAAAAGCUAAAGAAGAAAGUCCCCCAGAUCGUAUUGUGGCUUCUUAUGCUGCUGCAGCACAUGCAGCUGCACUAGCCUGUCAUCAGCCGAUUUCCAGAGCUGCUGAAGCCUAUCUAGCUACAACCUCCGGCAACCGAUCACGUCAUUCAAAGAGAUCUCGAACUGUGAACCAUUUAACAAGCACAACAACUCCAAGUAUAAUACCUAGCUCUGUGAUGGAGGCCAGGCAAAAUUUCAGUUGUGUUUCAUCAUUAUCUAGUCUGACGUCAAUACCAUCUCUUGCUACAUCAGAAAGUAAUUCAGUAGAGUCGCAUAAAGGUUGGACCCGUGUAAUCGAUAGGAAAGCAUACAAUGUAGUGUAUAUAUCAUCUGAUGGUGUCCAUUUGCAUAAUGUUGAUGAAGUCUAUACCUAUUUAUCUACAAAAAAUCCACAAUGCUUGAAUAAUCCAUGUAUGAGAGACUUGAUCACAGCUCAUUUCAUCUUUGCACCCAUAACCCAGGCUUCUUCACUUGAGAAUACAGUGAAUUUUGUGCACAGUUUGAAAGCGUCCACUGUAAAGAAUGAAACGACACAAGAUAACACUGAUCAAUCUCAAAGUAAACCAUCUACUUCAAGUAGUGUGAAUAACUCUGUUGUUUCACAAGCAACAAUUACAUCACCAGAGAAAAUCUCCCCAUGUCGUAUAAAAUUCAACCGUGAUCAUUCAUCGAAUUGUGAGCUUUUGUCAUCGAAACGAUCAAAGUUGUCAAAUGAUUCAUUUAGCUCAAAUGUUGAACCUAAAGAAUCGUCUACGUUAACUGACCGGUUAAGUGAUAGUCUUACUACUACUGCAGGCUCUGCAUGUUCAACACAAUCUUGUAUUUCUUCCACAAACCUUGAAUUCUUUGGAAAGGAUGACAAUUCAAAUGUUGAUACACUACACUCUUCAGAGACAGAUGGAAUGUUUAAAAGGCCGACUGAUGUUGAAGAUCAUCAAUCCAUUGUGAGAGAGAACUCGGGUAAUCACGAUUCUGAGGAUACUCAAUAUGAAAAUUCUUCCGUAAUGUCUACCACCACCACAGUUCCGAUUAAUAUAUCUGAUCAAACUAGUCAAAAUGCAUUUCAGAAUGACAGUGAUAAUAUGGUUGCUAAACUUACCACUGAAACAUUGACAACUGGAGCCUUACGUACAUCACUGUCAUCGCUUACUACCGAGGUUGUCCCAUCGGUUUUGUCUCCAACAAAGCAAGUCGGUCAAAAUGGUAUAGAGUUGAACUUGUCAAAUUUGACUAAUUCGCUUUUAAAUCCAUCGCAAGCGAAUCUUACUACUGCGUCAUCGAAUGUGUUGCAACAACAUCUUGGGAAUCCUUUGCUUGUUGAACAAUUGUUGGCCAUUACGCGGAUGGGACAUAUUCAGCACCAGCAGGAGCAACAGCGACACGCUAAUCAUCAAGUGACCUCGGCAUUGGGUGGUGGAACACUGACGACACAAAAUAAUUUAGAAAACUGUCCAGCUAGUAUCCUAACUCACCAAACUUUAUCAAACCCUAUUUUGUCAUCUUUAGCAGCUCCAUGGAUUUCAAGCCUUAAUUCUUCAACACCAAUUACAUCUCUGUCAGGGUUGACAGUGAAUCCAACUGUUAAUAACAUGGAUGUUACAGCUGUUCUUCAACACCACCAACAACAGCAACAUCUCCUCACCCUUGCAGCCAUACAGCAACAACAGCAGCAACAACAAGCUCAAUUCUUAGCCUUGAUCCAAGCUGCCGCCUUACUGCAACAGCAGCAGCAAAGAAGUGUUGCCAACGGCAUGGCAUCAGCUGCUGCCGCAGCUCUGGCCUUACGUCAGCAGCAACAACAACAACAGUUGACAGUAGCCUCUGUUCAAGCUCAAAAUUAUCUAGCCGCUCUACAACAGCAGUUUACCAAUCCGCAUACCUAAUUAUGUUCGUUCUUGCUGUGGCUCAAUGUAACUGCUACAUCUUUGUUGUUUACACAUUGUAUGAUAAUAUCACUAUGAUAGUAACCUUUAGAGUUAUUAUUAUUAGGCAACUAGUUUACAUCUUGAUAUUGUUUCUGCCUUCCAUUUUUUCAGCAUAAGAUAAAAGAAUUGAAAAUAGCUCAACACAUAUCCAUUUAUAAUGAAUGUCUUUCGCUCAGUUGAUUUUAAUCCUGCUAUGAUUUCACUUCUUUUCGUAUUUUGCCAUCCCUAGUCUUAAAUAGCGCCUCAAAGAGUAUCUUUAUACAUGUACUUGUGUGUGUGUGUGUAUGUGCGUAUGUAUGUAUGUUUGUACAUAUAUUUAUGCUCCUACUGACAUAUGCUUAUUCCAUGUUUUUUCCUAUUCACAUAAUAAGAUACACAUCGUAUGUGUAAAUUGUCAUCUGAGUGUGCUGGUAUUUGGAUUCUGUCCUUCUUCAUGUAUCUAUACCCAAUGAAGGUUUCUUGUUCUUCUCUCUCCACCUUUUUAGGGUUUUGUUUUGUCGACUUGUAUGUUUUUAUUUUCCAUCUUUAUCUUUGUAAUAUUCUGUAUAUUGUUUUUUUUGUUUUUAUCCCAUGGUUUAUGGAUUUCUUGUGUUAUUUAUAAGUCAAGUACACCUAUUUAUUAUGAUUCA